AUGCCGGUCCGCAAUCACUCAAGGCCCGCCCUCACUCCCGUCGUCGUCACUCCCGUCGUUCUCUCUCUCCCGUCAAACUCUCUUUCCCAUCGCGCUCUCCCUCCCGUCGCGCUCUCACUCCCGUCGCUCUCUCGCUCCCGUCGCGCUCAUUCUACCGUCGCUCUCUCACUUCUUUGCGCUCUCACUCCCGUCGCUCUCUCUCUCUCUCCCGCCGCCCUUCACUCCCGUUGCUCUCUCUUUCCGGCGCGCUCUCACUCUCGUCUCUCUCUCGCCCCCGUCGCGCUCAUUCUACCCUCGCUCUCUCACUUCUUUGCGCUCUCACUCCCGUCGCUCUCUCACUCCCGCCGCCCUCUCAUCUCCCGUCCCUCUCUCACUCCUGUCGCUCUCUUUCCGGCGCGCUCUCACUCUCGUCGCUCUCUCGCUCCCAUCGCGCUCAUUCUACCGUCGCUCCCUCACUUCUUUGCGCUUGCUCUCCCGUCGCUCUCUCUCUCUCCCGCCGCCCACUCACUCCCGUCGCUCUCACACUCCCGUCACUCUCUCACUCCCGUCGCUCUCUCACUCCCGUCGCUCUCUCACUCCCGUCGCUCUCUCACUCCCGUCGCUCUCUCACUCCCGUCGCUCUCUCACUCCCGUCGCUCUCUCACUCCCGUCGCUCUCUCACUCCCGUCGCUCUCUCACUCCCGUCGCUCUCUCACUCCCGUCGCUCUCUCACUCCCGUCGCUCUCUCACUCCCGUCGCUCUCUCACUUCCCUCGCUCACUCAGUAGGGUUCCCGCCUGCGGCAGCAGCAGCCAACCUCACAGAGGAAGUGGUGGUUCGCUUUGACUGCCUUUCCAACGCUCGAGAGCUCUCACACCCACGACCAGAGGCACACCACACACCUCUGACCCUAAGGUCCGUUAUACAUCCGUGCUAG